UACUUUCUGGGCUUUUGAGGCAGGAACUCAGUUCAGGCUGCCCUAAGAUCACUGUGUAGCCCAGGCUAGGGUUAAGCAGGUCAGCUACUCAUCCUGGUUCCAUCAGAAACUGCUUGCUCACUGCACACACACCUGAGAGUCCCAGGUCUCUCACCAGUUCAGUGACCUUUGAUCUGGAAAAGGUUUCAGUGUUACCAUCAACAGCUUAUAAGCUGAAGGCACAGUACAUAAUGACUGUCAGCAGUGUUGUAGUCAUUCUCUCCAUGUGAUUCAUCCUGAAGCAAAACCUCAUUUUAGUGUCUGUCCUGCUGUUUGCUGUCCAUGUGACAAGGGAGUUGCACUCUCCAUCUGCCUAAAGACUACAUCUCAUUCUUCCAUCUAAGAAAUAUGACAGGGUCAGUAGAAAAUUAAAUGUAUUGGUGUGCCUUUAAACUUUUAUUAUAGAAGAGUAACAGGAAAACUCAGUAAAGACUCUCACAAUACAAUUUUACAUGAAUUUAUGUCUUGAACAUGUAAAAGUCAUCAUGUUACAGUUCCUCAGGUCAGAAGCCCAGCUCAGUACUCAGUGUGACAGUGAGGCUGCUAUCAAGAUGCCUUCGGUCUGGAAGAUCUAGAAGUGAAUCUGUCCCUUUCCUACUCCUAGAGGUGUCUGUGAGCCCUUGUCCCUCAUCUUUCUGUCUCCCAGCAGUUCAUCUCUUGCACCUGUCCAAGUCACACCUGUGUGUGCUACCUGUGUGCUUUCCAGGUGUCAGUGCUGAGAAACCUCAGUCCACAGGAAUGAAGGAUGUUGUUUUGUGCCCCAGACAACCUAACUUUCAGUCUUUCCACCUCAGUUAAUUCAAAGAAUUCUGUUUCUGAAGACGGAAAUCUUCCAAUGUGCUAACCAAUUCCAUUCAUGAUUCCAUUUUCAACUAGAAAUAAGCCUUGACUGUUCUCUGAAGCACAGAGACAAUGCAGCUGAGUGUCAUGGACCACUUAUAAUUGUUAAAGUUCUGCACUGGGUCUUCAAGUUGUCUCUGUGUGAAAGGGCCUUUCUUUAUUUACUUGGUAUCCAGGUGUUCACUGAGAUGACAGAUGUGCUCAGUGGUAUGAGGUGAAGCACACGGUGAUGUAGGCAGUGCCAUGCACAGAUGUAAAAUGGGGUGCACCAAGAUGAGAGCUUCACCUACACAUGAGAAACUUACAGAUUUACAACAAUAGGAGUAACUGAUGUAUACUCCACAAAGGUAAGAAAACAAAUUUUCAUAGAGAAAUUCAAAGUUUGUGAUGUCCCCGUCACAGGGAAGCUGAGGAUGAGCAUGUGAAACAUCUAGAGCAUUUAUGCAGGGUGCAGGCAGCAGUGAGUCUCAGGUGAGUUUGUGGUGAGUGAACAGAGUGCAUCCAGAAAUGUCGAUGGGUGCUGGACCUGCUUUACAGACCAAAUGGGGUUUGAAAACAUAGUUAUACAUAUGCCAAAAUCAAUAGAAAUAUAUAUUGAAAACAACACUUUUCAUAAAUGUAAAAUUUAGUGCUAUAAAACUAUUCUAAAAAGAGAAAAGUUCUGUGAUUGUGGAUGUGCUCUAGCUUUGAGUUUCUCAAACUCUAAUUCAAAGAAAAUAAGGUAUUAUGUCACACAUUUCUCACCUUGGGAAAAUUCCUGGUCUCAUGUCUGGCUAACUUUUCUAGUACACAUAGAAGGUCAUUUCUCUCUUGGGGAAUUGUAUGGGAGCUGUUAAGAACUACUGAGUAGUAUUUUCAAUUAUACCCAUAGAAAACUGAAUUAGAGGAUCCAUAUGAUAUUUUCUUGUACAAAUGGUGACAGUGCAUGCACAGUAUUAAAUGGUGAGGCUGGAGUAUGGGCUGAGGCUUAGGUGUAAUAUCUACUCAGUGGCCACAGAGCAUAUGUUCCCAGCACUUAGCCUUGGUGAUGUCCCUGGAAUUGUCUGUUGGGAGCCGCGUCUGUGAUAGGUCGCCUUACUCGGCGGACGUGCGGCCUGUGGUAAAGAGCAAAGCCUGAGGUAGAUUACCCCUCCCAUCGAAUAUGUUAGUUUCCUGCUUACCGCGUAAACAACCCGCUCAACAAUAUAGUCUGCCUGGCAACUGAUGAUGUUAGCCAAUCAGCUUGCCUUGCUUACUUUAACAUGAUUGGACACUGUAUCCGUAUAUAUACCGGUGCCACCCCUGGGAGGAAGUAGAAGCCAGGUAGAAGCCCGGAAGUGGAAGCCCAAAAGGAGCCGCGGAGAGCGGACCGAUAGAGGCUUCGGAGUGAAGCCCAAAAGGAGCCGCGGGGAGCGGACCAAAGGAGGCUUCAGUUGGGAGCGGUCCCAGGGCAGGCUGUACGGAGAAGGAAAAUAAAAAGAAAAGGUUGUCCACUACCAGACUUUGUCGUGUGUCCUUCCUGCCGGCCAGAAGCGACCACGACAUUUGGUGGCCCGCCCGGGGACUGAUCACCCCCGAGACGUAGAAGUGGACAACGCUCCAGUACAGAGCUGCGAGACAGGUGAGUUGGGGAUAAGCCUGGGCUCUGGGUGGCGCGCACCUACAGGGCUUUUAGACUCCCCUCAGGCUCACGCGUAAGUGGCGGAUUCCUUGGGCCUCACGCGGUGAGUAACAUAUUAAAAAAUGGGAAACAUGCUAGGUAGCAACACUAAGAGCGAGGGUGGUUGUGGAGAAAGCUCUCAAGAGCUUACAAAAGUACGCAGGGUAUCUGAGCAGGCCCAGUCAGGGAGCUCCCGAGAGGGGUCCGUCAAGGGGAACAAGGAUGCUAAGGAGGAGGACGGGGCUCUAGCCUCGGAGUCGUCUGACUCCGAGGACGAGGGAAAGUUAAAUGGCAAGGGGGCCAAAGAGACCAGCUGUCAGGAGCCUAAGUCGCUCAAUAAGGAGUCGCAGGGUUCUUUUCCAACGUUGCGCCGCGAAUUGCGCUCUGCUCAACCUGGUCUGCGGAGGAGUAGAGAGCUCCUGAGCGCUCCCCGGCGCGAGAGGGAGGCGAAGCCUUCCGCCCCACCCUGGGGGCCGUUUCCGGAGGCGGUCCCUCGCCACGAGGCGGCCGCCUGGGAGCUCCCUCCCCUUUCGCCAGAACAGGAAGUGAUGCACGAGCCCCCAUUUUCCGCCCAAUCACGGCCGCCGUCUUAUGCUCCGCCGCCGGCGGAUCGGUAUUUUUACAGGCGGCUUUGGCAGGGGGGACGCUUGUCUCAUGAGGUACAUCCACCUGGGAUAGAUAGUGACCCCUACGGGAUAUUUCCUGUACAAGUAGCUAUGGGUCAGGGACGCAAUGUAUGGGAGCCUUUUGAGAUAAAGCAGAUUAGAGAACUUAAAAAUGCAGUUACAACCUUUGGGCCGACUGCGCCUUACACCAUUGCCAUGCUGGAGAAUCUGUCUUCUGGGCCCCUCACCCCCGCGGACUGGAUUCAGCUGGCAAAGGCGUGUCUGCCCUCGGGUAGUUACCUGGAUUGGCGAGCCUGGUACGCAGAGUUCUCUGCAGAGCAGGCUGAGAAAAACGCCAAUCGGGGAAACCGGGGGUGGAACAAGGAAAUGCUUAUGGGAGAAGGUCGGCAUGCUGAUGAUCAGACUCGGUUCCCUGGCGAUGUCUAUGAACAAAUCAAUGCCAUAGGGCUCCGCGCCUGGAAGCAAGUAAGUGGUGCCGGAACAGCCUCCUUGUGUCUUUCAAAAAUAAUUCAGGGUACCACAGAGCCAUUUGUUGACUUUGUGGCCCGAAUGCAAGAUGCUGCCGAUAAGAUAUUUUCUGAUCCGGGAGUGGCUCAACCGCUGGUAAGGCAGCUGAUUUUCGAGCAAUGUACAAAGGAGUGCAAGGCAGCGAUAGCUCCUCAUAAGAACAAGGACCUCAACGCCUGGAUUAGGAUAUGCAGAGAGAUAGGGGGGCCGCUCUCCAACUCGGGAGUGGCUGCUCUCCUGGCCGCGGCUGUACAGCAGAGGGGACCUCGCGGGUCAGGAGGGGAAUGUAAGGCUAAAGGGUGUUUUGCCUGCGGGGAGCCAGGACACAUUAAACGUCACUGCCCAAACAAUGCAGAUGCUAGGCCUCAUCCUAGGAAUGAAGAACCAUAUGUUUGUGGGCGAUGCAAGAAGGGAUCACACAGAGCUGAGGAGUGUAGGUCGGUCUUUGAUGCUCAGGGCAACCGUAUUUGUGGACAAGAUGCUAGAGAGCCAAAAAACGGCCAGAGGGGGCCCCCUUCACAGGCGGGCCCCCGCCCCAGAGACAGGACAGCUCAGGGUGGCAGCCUUCAACAAGGGCCACCCCUGGGUCAGCAGGUGUGGACCUCAGUGUCGCCUCAGGACUUAUAUUAGUGCCUGAUAUGGGUGUUCAAGUGGUUGAAACCACCUUUAAGGGACCGUUACCCAAAAAUUCCGUGGGUCUGGUGAUCGGGAGAUCCUCCACGGCCCUUCGGGGUCUCACAGUAGUCCCGGGGGUCAUAGACUCAGACUACACAGGACAUAUUAAAAUUAUGGUUCAAUCUCUUGUGGGUACUAUGGUAAUCAAUAAAGGAGACAAGAUAGCGCAGCUCUUGCUGCUCCCCAGUCUCCACAAGAGAUUUCCCUCAAAGCAGAAAAUUAGAGAAAGUCAAGGUUUCGGUUCCUCAGGGGAAGUCUUUGAGGGACUCCAUAUGACACUUGGUAAAAGGCCCAUGCUCUCACUUAAGGUCAAUGGCAAGAGUAUAACAGGGCUCCUAGACACAGGAGCUGACCGUUCCAUUAUCUCCAGAAAGGAUUGGCCUUCCAACUGGCCCACCAACACUGCAGAUAACACGCUGCAGGGCCUGGGGAUGGUGUCAGCUCCUCAGGUUAGUGCUUCAACCCUGCUCUGGUGCGAUGAGGAGGGUCAUCAGGGCCAUUUCCAACCAUUUGUGUUGCAGUUGCCAAUGUCUCUAUGGGGAAGGGACAUCCUCACUCAGAUGGAUGUCACGCUUACGUCAAACUGCUCCCCCCAGGCUAAGGAUAUACUCAGGAACCAGGGAUAUACCCCCGGCAAAGGCUUGGGCAAUGCCCUGCAGGGUCGGACAUCCCCAAUACCAGUAGAGAACAAAAAAGGUAGGCAAGGAUUGGGUUUUUCUUAGGGGCCGCUGAAGAAGCUCUCCUACCCACUUCGAUCAAAAUCACCUGGAAAUCAAAUGAUCCGGUUUGGGUACCUCAGUGGCCCCUGCCUAAGGAGAAGCUAUUAGCCUUGUCAGAAAUAGUCAGUACACAACUUAGAUUAGGACAUAUUAAGCCGUCAACCUCCCCAUGGAACACCCCCAUUUUUAUAAUUAAGAAAAAGUCUGGCAAGUGGAGGCUGCUCCAUGAUCUAAGGGCGGUCAACGCGCAGAUGCAGUCCCUGGGGGCGGUCCAGAGGGGGCUGCCAGCUCUCUCAGCCAUCCCUCAGUCCUGGCCAGUUUAUGUUAUAGAUCUUAGAGACUGUUUCUUCUCAAUUCCCCUGCACCCAGAGGACACUCAUAGGUUCGCCUUUACACUAGCAAACCAUUUCCAUGUUUCCAGAGCAGAUGCACGAGAUAUCGUGCGACUAUGUGACUCCUGUGCCACAUACAAACCUGCCAUACCGAUGGGAGUAAACCCUCGAGGUUUGAUCCCUGGUGAUGUUUGGCAGAUGGACAUCACACAUAUACAGGAGUUUGGGACUCUUAAAUAUGUUCAUGUUUCCACAGACACCUGUUCUCGCGUCAUAUUUGCAACAGCAGAAACAGGUGAAAAAGUGUCUAAUGUGAUCAAUCAUUGCCUGGCAGCUUGGGCCGCAUGGGGCAAACCAAAAAUAUUAAAAACUGAUAAUGGACCAGCCUAUAUAGGCAAAGCUUUCAAUGAGUUCUGUAAAAUGAUGGAGGUUCAAUUAAAACAUGGUAUCCCAUAUAAUCCCCAAGGUCAAGGAAUCAUUGAGAGGGCUCAUAGAAGCCUCAAAGAAAUUUUACAAAAACAAAAAGGGGGAGUAGGCCAAGGCCUGGCCCCAAAGGCACGAUUAUCCAUGGCACUAUUCACACACAAUUUUUUAAAUUUAAAUAAUGAUAAUCGCUCCCCAGCUGUGGAGCACUGCAACCCUUCCCCCAACCAUAAAGGGUGGGUGAAGUGGAAAGAUGUCCUGACAGGACAAUGGAUGGGCCCGGAUCCAGUGGUCAGCUGGAACCGAGGCGCGGUUUGUGUUUUCCCACAGGAACCGGGACGAGAACCACUGUGGAUACCGGAGAGACUGACACGGGCAACAAAGCCCUCGACUGAAGAUCAGACCUGCCCUACCGGAGAUCCAUCACAGACCAACCAACAAGAUGAAUAGAAAUAGCGGUAGCCCGAAAUGGACAAGAAGAUCCUCAGGCAUAUGCAUGGCUUGCUCGAUUGGCCCACGACCGAGUCUAGAUAUGGCGGGCAUCCCUCAUUCUCCUCCAUAAGGUGACAAUACACAGCAGGGUAGGUGAGUCAAUGACGGGUAAGAGCGUGCCUCCCCAGCACGACUCGACCUAAGCCAGGCCCUACCCCAUCCUGCACGUAAGCCGCUGGACUGUUAGAUGCUGCCCAGGUCUAAAUUUCUCUCCGAGGGGAUUUCUUUACGGAGAGGAAAUGAGUGCAAGCUUGUGUGCAUCCAGGUUCCGUCCAGUUUGUGCCUGGCCCUAGAAAAAGGACGAGGGCCUCAGGGCCUUGGCAGACCAUGGCAUGGCCAACCAGGGUCUAAGCCAAGGACCUACGGUGGGCCUACACAUAGGGCAUAAGCCUCUGCACCCAGUCCAGGAAGGGCUACGAUGCGCACAUUCAUAAAAAAUAAAAUAGGGGGAGAUGUUGGGAGCCGCGUCUGUGAUAGGUCGCCUUACUUGGCGGACGUGUGGCCUGUGGUAAAGAGCAAAGCCUGAGGUAGAUUACCCCUCCCAUCGAAUAUGUUAGUUUCCUGCUUACCGCGUAAACAACCCGCUCAACAAUAUAGUCUGCCUGGCAACUGAUGAUGUUAGCCAAUCAGCUUGCCUUGCUUACUUUAACAUGAUUGGACACUGUAUCCGUAUAUAUACCGGUGCCACCCCUGGGAGGAAGUAGAAGCCAGGUAGAAGCCCGGAAGUGGAAGCCCAAAAGGAGCCGCGGAGAGCGGACCGAUAGAGGCUUCGGAGUGAAGCCCAAAAGGAGCCGCGGGGAGCGGACCAAAGGAGGCUUCAGUUGGGAGCGGUCCCAGGGCAGGCUGUACGGAGAAGGAAAAUAAAAAGAAAAGGUUGUCCACUACCAGACUUUGUCAUGUGUCCUUCCUGCCGGCCAGAAGCGACCACGACAGUUGUCCCUGGAUGUUCCUGUGGACUCCCUUAGCCUUGGGUGAUGUCAAGGUCCUGAUGCUGUCUGAGAGAUGAGUAGCAUCUUGCAAGAGCUGCGGGCUUCAUUUGCUGCCAGAAAUCUUACUCAUCCUGAUUAGUGAAGGCUGGAUGCCCUCAUUCUCUGGCCAGAGUUUUUCUUUCCUGUGGAGGAGGUGUGGAGAUCACUUCAGACUCAGGGUGAGAUCCUCAGAUCUUCAAAUCAGCCAUUCUAUGUAAGUCAGAGAAUUGUCCCCAGUGCUGUGAUUUUUCAUUUCAAGGUCUGAUUUUCAGGAAAACGUGGAGUCAGGACAGUGUGCGGUGAUUGUAUGGCAGAUAUCCUCUGUAAUGCCUAUAAAACAUCACCCCAGUGGUCAUAAAGAACACACAGGCAAGAAAGAGAAAAAAGGAAAACUACCUACACAGGGGGCUAACAACAGGAAACUUGUAACAACCCCACUGGUACAGUUUAUACAGCACAACCAUGUACAUCAGGAAUGAGAAGGAAUGAAGUCUCCACCUAACACUGAGAUUGUCAGCAAUGCACGAGGCUCAGGACUCCAUCAGCUUCACCCACAUGACACAUUGAAGCAUCAAAAUCACAUUACUAUGAUGCCCAAGUUACAGAUAUGGAAACUGAGGCACAGCACAGCUGCAUGACUUGCUCAAGGUCAUGUCCCUGCUACCACAAGAGCUGGAUGUGGAUGUGGGCUCUCUCAGGACCCUAUCAGUGCCUUUUACUAGGUGGGCAGGACUGUCAGGGACUCAAGGUCUCCUCUCAGCCAACUGCACUCUUCAGUCAGCAGUUACAUAAGGGCCAUCCCGACUGCACUGGAAAGGUCAAUGCCUUGCCAUCUCUCACUGAGAAGGCAGCAGGGCUGCCCUAGCGGUCUCCACAAGGCUUCUGCCUUCUUCCCUGUCCCUCUUCAGGUGGCACAAGAUUCAGCUUCCAUCUUCUUUGUGAAAAUCAAGUACUCUUGGAGCUCACUGAAGACAAUCGUAAUGUAUGGCAACAGAAAAAGACAUCAGAAUGAGGAUGAAAAUAACAGAACCACGAUGCAGCCUGAAUGAAUCAACUAUGGAAGACUUGACACAGUGCUUGAUCAUUAUUCAUUGCUGAUAAUGCAGAUUCUGACAGCUCAGACUCAGUUUGAGGGAGAGCCUCCUCCUCUCCCUGGCUGCCACCACAGCCUUCUGAAGAAGUGUGCAAAGGGACCUCAUGCUCCAAGCAUGGACAAGUCACACUCAGUCUCAAGACAUAUGCUAACUCUUCUGAGCCCCCGAAUACCGUGCCCCUGGGAAAAGCUGAAGAACUACAAGUCCCCUGGUACUGCACUGUGCCCACCAAAGACCCAAGAGGGCAGAGGGAUGCUGGGAAUUUAACCAAGUCAUCUGACUCAGACACUGUAAAACAUGGGGCAGAGCUUUCUGUGUAGUGAAGAGUUAGGCAGCUGAAAUUCAAUCUCUGUGAAGUGAUAAGCCUUAAUUUCUGAGAACUCCAUUACUAAGAUCUUUAACUCAACACAGUAGGGCAGUACUUAGUCAAAUAACAAUAUAAAGACAUAGAGGGAAAGGCCCCAUGCCAACUUUCAGGUUUAGAAGUGUAUUUCAUGAUUUUUUUCAGCAGUACAUUUUAGAACAAAACUAACCCAGCAACGAACUACAUGUACAUAAACUCAGGAGUUGCCUAAACCAGGGGACUUUGUAUAAAAGAUUCUAUUCAUAAAUAAAACAACCUUCAUUCAAAGUAAUUUCCAUGAUCCCAUAUGGGAAAUGUUCAAAAUUAUCCAUGAGAUGUAAUCUUUAAUCCUGUGAUUUAUUUGAUUACAUUCUUCAAGUCAUUAAUGAUACUAUGAAUAAAUUAAGGUGUGAAAAACACCUACUAAAGCAGGUCACACAAGUUUACAUCCUCAAUUGCUUUUUGUUGCUACAGAGUGAAGAAAUAUUAUAGAAAGACUCCAACCUUAUCCAGCUUCCCUCCUCAUCUUCCUGAUGUUAGGUUGUUAGGAAUGUAAAAGAACAUAACUAUUAGUAUUAGUGAACUUUAGUAGUGUAAGCAAAUUAAUUCUGCAGGGAACAUGCACCUUGACUGAGUGAAAAACAUUCAAAAUAUCAAUGCCUCAUGCAAAAACUCAUGAAAAUCCAAGAAUUUCAAUUUUCCAUGCAAGGAGCAGACUUUUUCCAUGCCAACUAACCUCAUACAGUAGACUGUUGGCGUUAGACAACCACAACGCAGUGCUCAAUGGAGGUCUCUCCAAAAGGAGAAGCAAAUUACAUCUUCUCUAAAUGGGGCAAAUCUAUAAACUAAAUUCUUGUAAAAAUCUAAAAAAUGCAAAUACGACUAUACGCUAUGAGCUAAUAACCUAAAAAGAACACAUUAUAUUUGAAACAAAUGCAAAUUAACUUUUGUUUUCAACAAAAGACAAAGGGCCCUUUGGUCUGGAGUAGGAAACCCACUUUGGAACAUGAGCUGCAGGGCUGACUGACCAUCUGAGAUGUGGCUGCGAGUGUUUCCAUCUCUUCAUGUGUUAACCAGACAUUUCCUGUGGUCUAAGGUGACCCCAGUGCACCAGCCACAUCCAGGGCAAGGGAAGCGUGACAGAAAGGAGAAGGACGCACAUAUGAGCCACAGGCACAGUAAGGAGCCACGAGGCAAAGGUCACUCUUUGCACAUUUUCAUUUCAGGCACCCACAGAGAAAGCCAGAGAUCAUUAACACAGGCUCAUCCUCUUUUAAACAAUAACAGUGUGGUCGGAAUAUAAGGAGAACAGCACACAAUUUCCAGAUCACAUGCUUAAAAGUAUGGAUGAGAACAUACUUUAUAUUUCUGAAAAGUUACUUUCCCCAGUAACUGAUGAUUCAAUAGACAGUAUUUUCAAUAGUCUUACCAUGUUGGAGGUAUAGCUCAUGAUAGGGUUUUUGCCUGGCUCUCCCAAAGCACUAGGUUUAAGCCUCAGUACAGCAAAACAAAAGAAUAGAACAAAACACACAGAAAGCAGUCUCACCCCAACACAGGCUAACAACAGGAUGCUCUGGCCUUGGCUUCCUGUGGCUGCUUUCAGCAGAUGAUCCAAAGCCAGAGGAAGCCCAGGAGGCCAGGGCACAAGAUAGUGAGCACAGGAGAGCCAAACAAUGCAAACACCAAAAACAAAGCACUUGUCACCAUCUGAGUCAAACCUGAGACUGAUGGCCACUCUGCUAGCCCACUGUAAGCUCCCCAAGAACAGCAAUUUCUGUGUUUGUAACUGGUGAUAUGGAGAGUCUUUCUGAUGUGAGGUCUAGUCCUUGCCAAUAGUUCAACUGAAUCACAGAAGCUCCCUUUUGAAAGAGGGUUCUUAAAAGCUUUGAAAAAGCCAUGCAGCAUCUUCAUUUCUACAAAGCCCACAUUAAUGUGGAAAUAGCUGCAGAACAGACUGAUACUGGUUACAAAACAUUCCACCAAGGGAAAGUGUUCUUUGGCCAUACGUUAAAAAAAAAAAAAGGCUUAUUGUUCAUUUUCAUAAUUCUCUAACAACAAAAUCUUCACACUUUUUUGUGUAUAAAGUUACUGUAGGCAGACCUUGCUCUGCUGCUCAGAAGGAUGUCUACACAGCUCUAAGAGUUUGUUGAACAUCUAAAUGAAAAACCCCUGAACUUUGCAACUUAAGAGCUGGCCUGCUCUUCCCUUCUAAUAACCACCAAUGUUUCAUCAGAAGAGUCACCAGGAAGCUCUUUGAGGGCUCUUCACUACUCCCCAAGUGGACAGCAUCUUUGUGAGCACAGGCAUGGUUGGACAGACACAUGCAGCUCCCAAGACCCAGAGCACCUGCUGGUGCCGUGACACACAACCACAGUGCAUCUAGGAAACUCGGCAUUUUUCCUCCUUUAGUUCUUGUAGGGAAAAAAAGACAUCCACAAAGAAGAGAAGCUUAGAACUGUCCAGGAACCAGUGGAUUUCUGGGAGGUGACCACCCCUUGUUAGCAUGUCAACUGUAUGUCAGUGGCACCUCUGGACUGCCACAAAUUACAGUUACUCUGUAAGUCCCGCCUAUAUGUGCAGUGAUGCAGAUGCACUCACACGCACAAGACUGAAGGAAAGAAGCCACACACAACAAAGUAAGGGCAGCCCAACCUAGUUUAUAGCCAAGGGGCCGUAGCCAGGUGCUUAUUUAUGCCCGGGGAUUGUAUGCAAGGGUUUAUACAUUCCUGGGCUUAUCUGUAUAUUUUGCUACCUGUAUACUUGAAGAAAAACAAUAUUUUCCGCAUAUAAUUUGCUUAGCAAGUACCUUUAUAUACCGUACAAGUACUAAUUAUUGUUUGAACUAUGAAAUAGAAAUCAAAGUUCAAGGAUGAAAUGCUACUUAAAAUGUUAACUUUUCCUUCCUCAAGAGGUCCUUACACUUACUCAGUUUUGAUAAAUUCAUACGUACAUUUGUGACAAUCAAUUUUCUACCUUUCAAAAAGCCUUCUUUCUUAAAGAAGGCCUUUCUAACCAAGUUUUAUUCAUUUAUUUAAUUAUUUAUUUUUUGGUCUUUUCUGAAACGGGAUCUCAUUACUCAGUUCAAGCUGCUCACACUGUAACCCACUGGCCUAGAACUCACAGUGAUCCUCCCACCUCAGCCUUCUGAGUGCUGGAACUACAGGCAUGUGCCACCACGCCUGGCUUUAACCACACUUUUACACAAGCAGUUCACACAUUUUCUUUGGAUCACUCAACCCCUCCAAGUUAGGGGUUGUACUAUGCUUUCCUGAAAUUUUAAGUUGAAACCACCCUGUAUGAUUAGGAAGCAGCACGGAAACAUUAGCAGGCUACUGCUUUUGUGGGCUCUGCCUUCCUCCUCCACAGAGGGCACACAGAGCCUCUGUGAACAUACCUUUUUCAAUGUGGGUGGAGCCGAAGGGCUGGUGAGCCACAGGGUUUCCUGGAUGGCCAGCCGCAGCUUCAGUCUGUGCAGAGGGUGGCUGAUGCCAAUCUCUUGCUGGAUCUGUCUGUCUGACAGAGCUGACAUGAUGGCCCCACUUUUCACAUUUGCUCUGCAGGCAGCCACAUAGCAAGCAGGCAUCCCAACCCAGAGCUAGAAAGAAGAAUGAAAAGACCAGAACAUCAGGUAGAGACAGGAGAUGCAUGACAAGCUUGUGUCAUGUAGCAUAGGUCUCUGUAGUAAAGGGAUGUACCUCCAGCCAUUCAACCACGGUUGGCCCGUCCCACUGUGAAAAUGGUAAGCCUUGCCUCUGGGCUUCCUCCAGCAACUCAGGCCUGUAAAAAAGAAGACAUUCAAAUUAAAGAAGCACUGUUACACAUCCAACAAGUUAAUGGAACAGUCUCUGAGCAUUUUCAAAAGUAUAACACAUAUUCUCAGUUCCUUUUAUCUUCUACAGUUUUAAUGUUAUUAACAUCAUCCUUGUAAUGACAGUCACACACAUACUAUGGAGAACGCCUGAGUAAAUAAAAAAUGCUACAGAGUUCUCUUGAUUCCCAGUCAAAUCACCAUUACUUCAGAGAAUUGAAGAAUUACUACCAACUUAUAAAACUCAAGCAGAAUUUUCAUAUCCAAGGUAGUAAGACAAUUAGGGGAAAACAUGAAACCCUACUUCAACAAUGAAGAAACAGUAUCUAGGAAGAGGAAACCACACCUCAGUUGAGACAUCAGUGCCUAAUUUUGUGAGAGACUUUAAAAAACAGUGUUUUGGGGGGGUGGUUGUGGUUUGGGGAAUGUUGAGACAAAGUCUUGCUAUGUAUGUAGUCCAGGUUGGCCUCAAACUCUGUGUAACCAGUCUCCCCCAGUGCUUGGAUUAUAGAUGUGUUUCAUACUCCCAGCUGUAAUGCAGACUUUUAACCACAAAAAGAUUAUCGUCUAAUACAGCAAACAAGUAACAGAGGACAGUUUCUAUUGUACACUGCUCUUUAAGUAAACGGGUACUUGAUAAGUCACUGGGUCAUUCUGUGGUUUUAACCCAUUGAUCUCUUCUUUAGCCAGCCAUUCAACACCUCCUUCAAUGCCGAAUGUAUCACCAGCACAGAAACUCAUGCAAUACCAAGGCAGUACUGCAGGGAAGUGGGUAGGUGAGUCUUGCAUGCACUCCGUAAUGUGAUUUGAGGUUUCAUAUAUGCUUUAUUUCUAAAGACUCAAGUUACACUUUUACUAUACUAACAUCUCUAAAAGUGAUUUGUGUAACACAGUUAUGUGAAACAGUAACAUUGUAAGCAUGGUAAGUCUGACAUUAGAACACAAAGGACAAGUAUGUUUCAGAUACACAAAAACCCUAGUCAGUCUCAGUCAAUCAGUCUCUCUUCCCCUUUUCUUUCUUUUUGGAAACUUAUGUUCCUAAGUAAAAUGUUUCAUAUACAACUUCAACUAAGAGUUCCUUAAGUUACCGCUAAGCUUACAGGAACAAUCACCAGGGAGUAACUGUACCAGAGAAGGCAGCAAAUGUGUUAUCUCAGAUGAAACAAGAAAAAAACAAAAAAAAGAAGAAGAAGAACAACAACAACAACAAUUUUCUAGUUGAAACAAGCAAAGCUAUUCACAGAGAAACAGAUCAGCAGAAGUGUGCUCCUAAGUACAAGAAGUAGUAGGCUACUGUCAUGGUUUAUGUCUGUGGCCCCCAGGCCUCAUGCAUUUUCAUUGUGCAUUUGUGAUGGUUCAUUGUCUAGUGCUUGGAUUCAUGGUGUCAGUGUUACACCCACAUAAGAGUGGAGCCAGGAUAUGAUGUAAUGGUAGGAAGAAAGUGUAUCUUGCUCUUUGCCUGUUCCUACUUGCUGUUUGCAGCCACCAUGAACUGUGACCCAGCCAUGCCCACCUGCCUUGGAGCCAACUGAGUGUGGACUGAAACCUCCAAAAACUGUAAGAAAUAAACUUUUCCUUUCCAAACUUGGGCUUCAGGUAUUUUGUCUCAGCAAUGAGUAAAAAGUAACUAAGACAGAAUUUGGUACCGAAGAAUGGGGUUGUUUGCUGUGACUAUACCUUACCAUGUUUUUCAAGAAAUGGCUUUGGAAAUGGCUUGUGGGCAGAGUUUGGAAAGGUUUGGAUGUGUUGCCUGGAUGCAUAGAGCUAGAGCAGCUUAGGCAGUUCUGUAGAGGAGAUAGUGGUCACAGCUCAGGAGACCAGAAGGCUGAUAGGAAGCCUGAUGGUAAAGACCAGGCCUGGGAGAUUUCUGCUGGGAAGAAGGACUGCAGUGGUUGUUGGACUCCCCAUGAUGUGAGUUAUGGGUUGGCAGAAAGUUGUCUACAUUUUGCUCAUGUCCAGAGACUUUGCCUGAGACUGAAACAAAGGGCAAUGGACUGAUUAAUCUUGAAAAAGAAAUUAAAAAGCAAUCAAAUGUUGAGUCUGUGGCAUGGCUACUGUAGAGGGCUUUUAGCCAGCUUUAUGUUGCAAAUCAAGAGGAAAGAGCUCAGCGGGAUAAUUUGCAAUACUGUGAGUUUGGCCAGAAAGAAUAUUUCAGGAAGGCUGUGGAUUGUAAAGACAGUGGAGAUUCUGAUGGCUGAGGGAAAACAGAGAAAUAAGAAAGAUGGGCCGGGGGCAUCCCAGGAAGCAGGUCCCCACCCUGUGCAGCCUCACUGCAAAGGUAAAAGAAUUUUUUCAGAGGAGAAAGCUGCAGAGCACCAGGUUCCAGAAUGGCGACAGAGACCACAUGAGUUUCCAGAAUGGUGACAGGCCACAUGAGGUUCCAGAAUGGUGGCAACAUAGAGAAGCUUUUCCUCACAAUCAGUUAAACAGAGCCCUGUGAUCCAGGCAACUGACCCCUACAGCCAAGAGAGAGAAAAGCCUGAGUACUGCUCUAGCUAGCAGCAAACCUUGGCAACAUCCACAUGGUGCUGAUCUUAGGUGCUAGGAAAAUGCACAAAUUCUGAGGGUAAGAUGGCUUCUACCUCUAUUGCAAAGGGCCUGGGAGGCCAAGCUGUGUGCCCCUGAGAGGGCAAUUUGUGAAGACAUAAAGGUGAAGCCAAAGGUGCAGUGGAGACCCCAAAAGUUUGGAAAAGCCAGAAACAUGGACGAUCCAAGGAAAGCUCCAAAAAGCAAGCAGAGAGGAUUUAAGAGAAAAGCUGCAGGAGGUGAAAUCCCUGGAAGUGCCUUGGGGGUGGAAUCACACAAGCCUUUUGGAGCUUGUAACCAUAUUGCUUCAGAUGCAGAGCAAGGAACUCUAGGACUUAAUGUUCAUCCUGCUGGAUGUUGGAUUUGCUUUGUUUCCAAUGCUUUAUAUUCCCCUGUUUGUAACUUUUGGAAUAGUAAUGUUUAUUUUGUGCCUUUGCAUUUGAGAAAUGUUUAAACUUGUUUCAUUUGUACAGGGGUUACAGUUAAGAGUUUGCCAUAGAUCAUGGAGGAGACAUGGGACUUGGACUGUUCAGCAAUGCUGAAACUUAAGACUUUGGAAACUCUUGGUGGUGGACUAAAUGUCUUUUGUAUAAAGGAUGUACAAGAGUCCUGGGGGCCAGGGGAGGAAUGUCAUGGUUUAUGUCUGUGGGCCCCCAGGCUUCAUGUAUUUGUAUUGUGCAUUUGUGAUGGUUCAUUGUUAGUGCUUGGAUUGAUGGUGUCAGUGCUAUACCCACAGAGGGGUGGAGCCAGGAUGUAAUGUAAUGGCAGGGAGAAGGUGUGUCUUGCUCUUUGCCUGUUCCUGCUUGCUGUUUGCAGCCACCAUGAACUGUGGCCCAGCCAUGCCCUGGAGCCAACUGAGUGUGUGAAACCUCCAAAAACUGUAAGAAAUAAACCUUUCCUUUCCCAA